AUGGUUAAAGAUUCUUGGUCUCCUACAAAACAAAAUCUAUGGUCGAAAGAAAAUUUCACGACAAUUGCAGACUCGGUUGGCAGAGUGAUUAUUCCAUUUGGAGUUGAUAUAUCUAAUGCGAAUUUAGCCUACGGGAAAGUGGGUGUUAUCACAAACUCGUUAUCAUACAUCUCCAGUGAGCCGAUCGUGGAGAUUAACGGAGAGACUAUUAAAAUCAAAAUUGUUAAAGUCGAUCUUGGCUGGACUCCGUUUAAGCAAUACGAGAAAUCAUUGGAGGAUAACUCCUCGUCAGACGAUGGUGAGGAGGACGUGGAUGACAUGGAAGGAGAUGACGAGGAUGAACAUGUAUCUGAUACUAUUCCUAUACAGAAUAACAUCGAAGAACUGGAAGAAGGAGAGAUUGGAACUGAGGAAGGAACGGAACUAAAUUAA